UGUUAAUUUUUAUAUUUAAUUGUUUUUAAUAAUUGCUGUGUAGUUUAUAUUGUUUCGGACUUUGAAAUAUUUUAGCGGUCCCUUCAACCCGUAAACAAAAUAAAAAUUCCAUCAUCUCCACAAACCAAAAUUUACAAAUAUAUAUAAACCCCAUUGAAAUCCCACUCCACGUUUCCACCCUCUCAUCUCUGUAGAUAUCAAACGACAUGAGUAAGAGUGUUGGAUUCUGUAAACGAUUGGGAUUGAAAUAUCCUAUAAUCCAAGCUCCAAUGGCAGGGACAUCCACGGUGGAAUUAGCUACUGAAAUAACUAAUAAUGGAGGUUUAGGAUCAUUACCAAUUUCCACGAUAAAUUUCACUCAAUCUCAGGGGUUGAUUCAAUUAAAAUCAUUAAUUGAGAAAUAUAAUGUUUUGAAUAAAUCGAUAACUAAUUUGAAUUUCUUUUGUCAUGAAAUUGUGGAGGGUGUUACUCCUACUCAAAUUAAAAAUUGGUUUGAAUUAUAUAGUAAAGUUCUUAAUGUUAAUGUGGGAGAUGUAUCUGAGGAUGAAUAUUUUAAGAAUGGGAAUAUAUCAUUUAAAGAGUAUGAACAUAAUGAAGAAUUGAUUGAUUAUCUUACGAAGGAGUUGAAACCUGCGGUGAUAAGUUUCCAUUUCGGUUAUCCCUCUAAAGAAACGAUAUUAAAAUUCCAAGCGGCUGGCAUUCAAAUUUGGGUUACAUCAACAUCAUUACAAGAGACGGAAAUCUUAGGGAAAUUAGGAGUGGAUGGGAUUGUAUGUCAAGGAUUUGAAGCCGGUGGUCAUCGAGGAAAUUUCAUAACUUCUAAAGAUUUCGAUGAGAAUUUAUCAACGUUAGCAUUAUUCUUAAAAUCAAAACAAUACUUACACCAACAUGAUUUACAUGAUAAGAUUGAUUUGAUUCCAACAGGGGGGAUAAUGGAUUCUAAAACGGUUAAAUUUUAUCUUGAUUCAGAUGCUUCGGCUGUUCAAGUAGGUACCGUAUUCCUCACUUCCCCAGAAAUAACCAAUAAUAAAUCAUAUUUAAAAUCCUUACUCCAAUCACAUGAUUACAAACCAACCAUUUUAAUAGAUAUUGUUUCUGGUAAAAGAGCGAGAGCAAUCCAAACUGAUUUCAUAAAGGGAUUAAUCAAAUAUAAUCAUCCAUCUGAUGACUUACCUCCAUAUGGGAUAUUAUAUAAUGCUUAUAGGACAUUAAAACUGAAUAAAACCUUAUCAACAUCAUUAGAUAUUGGAUUUUAUUUAAUGGGACAGAAUUAUUUCCAAACUGAUUUGACAUUAACUUCAACCAAGGACAUUUUCCAAAGUUUAGUAAAAGAUUUAUAGUGUAUAGUUUUUGCAAUUUAUCGUUAUAAUAAUAAUAAUUUUGUUUUGUAUUUGUAAUUUCUU